AAUGUCGCCACACUCUUGCUCCAACUGCACUGGGUCAUAAAAUCGAAAAGCAUCAUGAAAAUUUCCUCCGCAUUCAUCGUUGCUUUCUUCGGCACGGCGUCCGCCUUUAUGCCUCCCAAGGACGCCAGACUCUCGUCGCAAUCUCCUUCUGUUCUCUUCAUGACCGACGUAGUGGACCGUUCGGCAAAAUCCGCAUCCGUCCCGUUCAUGCCCAAGAACAAGCUGCUCGAUGGAUCUUACCCUGGCGAUGCCGGUUUCGAUCCGCUCUUCUUGGCCGACAGUCAAGCGCUCUUGGAAGAUUACCGUGACGCCGAAAUCAAGCACGGACGUCUCGCAAUGCUGGCCGCCUUGGGCUGGCCUGCGAGUGAAGUUUGGGACCGCGCGAUCGCCAAUGCCGUAUCGAUGCCGCCCGUCGUGGACGAGUCGCUGCGUGCCCCUUCGGUGUUGAACGGUGGACUCGGGAAGAUUCCCGUGGAAUACUGGGCGGCAUCCUUGUUUGUUGCCAGCUUUAUCGAAUGCGCUAACAUUCAGAAACGUCGGACGGACGAUCGCUGGUUCCCGGGAAAUCUGAACUUUGAUCCCCUCGGAUUGUACCCCAAGAGCGAAGCCAAACAACGCGAAAUGCAGCUUAAGGAAAUCAAGAAUGGACGCCUCGCCAUGAUUGCGAUUACGGCGUUUGCCAUUCAAGAAGCCAUCGUCGGAACGUCCGUUGUGGACCAGACUCCCUUCCUUUUCAAGCCCCCAUUUGUUUGAAUUUAGUUAGCAUACUGUACUUACUUUAGAAUCUUGGUAUUAU